UGAAUAUUUGGCCCAUACAAGUGCAAACACAGAAGAAAAAGGACUAUAUAUGCUACCAAGGACAUGAAUAUUUGGCCCAUACAAGUGGUAAAAAGGCCGUUUACCUAAUUUGUCGCAAAAGAUGAGGUGGUAGAGCCAAAUUAAUGAUUGGUCUCGAUUUAAUUAUCACCAUCCAAUCUUUAGAAUGUCACAACUUGGUAGCAGCCAUAACUCCUAAUGCAAAUCAAGCUAUCCUUACAAUAAUUUUAACAUAGAUUUAAAGAUUUAGCAUAAGCAUUAGCCCCUCCACCUUUCAGUUCAGUUGGCCAAGCCAUUACACAUCAAGCCCAAGUUUCAAUAGCCCCUCAAACUACCUCUGGCUUUGCCAGAGCCUAUCAAACCUUUAUUUCAAAUCUAGGUAAUUCAGGAACUUAUCAAAAUUCAAAUGUUGGCAUUGAAAGUAAUACGGAUCUGCCUUUAGAAGUGGCCCAUGUAUUAAUGGAUUUGCAUCAAAAUAUAAAUGAUCCUCAGUUUAUAAAUUCUCAAAAAGGAAAACGACUUCUAUUUUUUCAAAAUUAUUUAUAUCGGCAUGAUUAUCAAAAAGGUGACCGAGUUCAUUAUCGUUGCAGAAUAGUUGGUUGCAAAGCUUCAUGCAAACUUGAUGGAAUCUAUAUAACCUCUGGUUUGCAUGAACAUCAGAAUGAAAUUGGUGUUUUUGAAAAGCUUAGGACAUAUCAAGUUUUAGAGGAUGUUAUUGCUGAAAAUCCUCUAGAAACUCGGCAUAAUAUUUAUGAAAAAGUUUUAAACAAAAGAUUUUUGGAAACACCAAAUAUAAAUUUAUAUCCAGAGGCUAUGCCCACAUACAUUUCAAUAAAAAGUAAAAUAGAUGGAUUAUUACAAAAAAAUCGGCCCACUUUGCCACAGUCCAUGGAUGAUAUAGUUCUGUUGCCCGAAUAUAUCACCACAAAUAGGGGGGAUAUAUUUUUAAUCAAUAAUGAUAAUAAUAAUAAUAUAUUGGUGUUUGGUACAUCGAGCAUGCUAAAAAUCAUUGAAACAUGUGAUAACGAUACCAUAUAUAUGGAUGGCACAUUUUAUGUUGUGCCAAGACUAUUUUACCCACUAUACACAAUUCAUGUCUUAUAUCGUGAGACUAUGAUACCUAUAAUCUAUGCCCUUCUUUCCGAUAAAACCAGGGCCACCUAUAUAGAAUUAUUUCAAAUAAUUCUAAGAUGCUGUGGUGAAAAUAAUAUUAUGUUUAAUCCUAGAUACGGGCAGACUGAUUAUGAGGCUGCUGCAAUAUCAGCUUUAAGAUUUGUUUUCCCUACAAUGGUCAUUAAAGGCUGUUUCUUUCAUUUUUCCCAAGCAAUAUGGCGAAAAUGUCAGGGAUUAGGGUUAACAAAAGAAUAUAGAGACAAUACCACUGUCCACAAAGUAGUCAGACGUAUGACUACUUUACCCUUUUGCCGGGAGGAAGAUAUUUCAGAAGUUAGGUCAUCAUGUCUUGCCAUGUCGCUUGAAAAUCCUUUGCUAAUACAAUUUAUGCAAUAUAUGGAUUUGACAUGGCUUUCCAUUAACGCUUUAUUUCCCCAUAGCCUAUGGACAAGAUAUCAAGUUAAUGGUCCUAGGGCAAACAACCAUCUAGAGGGCUAUCAUCAUAGCUUGAAGCACAAAACACGCUGCGCGCAUCCUAAUAUUUAUUCUUUAAUAAAUAUUUUAAAAAGUCACCAACACUCGAGUGAGCUCAAAUAUAUACAAAUUAAUAGCGGGUUGAAUAUAAAUAGAAAAAAUCGAAAAUAUAUUGAACUUAAUAUUUUAAUAGAUAAUUUAUAUUCCCUUUACGAACGGGAUAUGGAUGUGUUUAACGCCCCUUUUCAAUUGAUCCCGAUGCCAUAUUCCCUCUAUCCCGUCGGUGUUUUACUCGAUUUAAUUUGUGUCCAAUAUUUUGCACUAUCAUCCCGAUUUACCAUCUCCUUGUACCACCAUAUAUUCUGGCCCAUAAGCUCUGUCCCACUACAAACUCAAGCAUCUCCCUUAUGUCCUCUUUCACCUCUUGAAUCGGUUUCCGCUUUAAUAAAUCCUAUAAUUACCUGCUCAUUCAUGCAUGCUUUGACACGUGUUAAUUCGCGAUCUUUUAAUGUGGCACUCAUAAGUUGUUCCCACGUUACCGGUCCUCCUUUAAAUAUUCCUACCAUAGCCUUAAUCAAUCCGUACUCAUCCUCCUCUUCCAAACCAUUUGACUCACUAUCUUCGGCAUUCCAUCCCUCUCCACAUAAGAAUAUCCGUCCAAAAAUUACAGCCAACGCUUCUUGGUCUAUAACCGAAUAUUUAGUUUCCUCCGCCCUAAAAAUUCUUGAGAAAAACAAAACAGGUCUUUCCAUGCCGUCUACACAUUGUAACAACGCUCCUCCUACACCUUUAUUGGACACAUCUACGACUAACACCACUCUUAAAUCAUUAUUAAAACACAUUAGAAUUGGUUCUCUCCCAAUUCUAGAUUCCAAACCGUCAAAAGCCUCCUCCUGUUCAUUCUUCCAUUCAAAUUUUUCUCCUUUCUUUAACAAUUUAUACAACGGUGGAUGGAAUUAA